AUGGCUACCUCUCUUACAAACGGCGACGCGUCACAUGCGUCUGUUGAGGUUUCAUUCCCUCUACCAAAAGCACCACGCACCGACAUCAACCUCCAGCUUCGCGACAACGGUCCAAACAUCACAGUCUUCCUCACCACAUCUACGCCUGAUUCGGCAUCUUCAGUGCCUCUGGGCUCGUUGGUGUAUGCUAUGCCAAAUAGGACUACGGCAAGCCAGCCUCUCAGCACACCUCUCUUUACCCACAGCGCAACGCUCGACUUCACUACACGACUCUCUAAAGUACUCGCUCGCAGGACCGGGAAGCCCAUAUAUGUCAGCAGUUCAAUGAGCUUCGCAAACACCGGCAUGGGAGGCACAGUCGAGGAAGAGAUGGAAGGCUUCAGGCGUGUUGUCGAAGUCGUCAUGGGCUUUCUAAACAACGAGAAGGAGACAGUGAAGUAG